AUGUCAACGAUACAGAACCUCAAGAACUUCAUCCGUCACGGCAAGCAGGCGCGCGACCAGAACCCAAAGUCGCCGCCUGACCAACCCGCCGUGUCCAAUGUCCACGCCCAGCGUCAUCACAACACACAACAUGCCUCGCCAAGGCAGCAAGAACAAAGGCAUCACGACCAAUAUGCCAUGAGUGAUCCCAACGUUUACGCCCACCAACCUCUGCAAGCAAACGCCCCCCAGGGUGACUUCUCAGCAGCUGCCCUCGACAACCGCAACGUCGCUGCCAAGGCCGGUGCUGCCGCCGGUGCCGCUGUCGACAAGCAACAAAAGAAGGAGCAGCAGAGAAAGGAUGUCGACCCCGAAGUGCUCGAGCGCAUCGUCGCCGAAGAGCGUGAGGCCAAGGGCAAGCUUCCCAGAUACCCUGGAUUGGAGCGAUGGAACCUGGUCGAGAAGAUGGGUGACGGCGCCUUCAGUAACGUCUACCGCGCCAGAGACAGCCAAGGUGUCUACAAUGAGGUCGCCAUCAAGGUUGUGAGAAAGUUUGAGAUGAACUCAACCCAGGGCGACAAGGUUCUUCAUCCGGAUUUCAAGAAGACGCCCAAGGGAGUGGAGCGUGCCAACAUCCUCAAGGAGGUUCAGAUCAUGCGUCAACUCGACCACCCCAACAUCGUCAAGCUUGUUGAGUUCUCCGAGGCUCGUCAAUACUACUACAUCGUCCUCGAGCUCUGCCCUGGUGGUGAGCUCUUCCACCAGAUCGUCCGUCUCACCUACUUCAGCGAGGACUUGUCAAGACACGUCAUCGUCCAGGUCGCAAAGGCUCUCCAGUACAUGCACGAAGAGGCCGGCGUCGUCCACCGUGACAUCAAGCCCGAGAACUUGCUCUUCUACCCUACACCUUUCAUCCCCACCAGAAACCCCAAGCCCAGAGGCCCCGACGAUGAGGACAAGGCCGACGAGGGUGAAUUCAUCAAGGGCGUUGGUUCCGGUGGUAUUGGUCUGAUCAAGGUUGCCGAUUUCGGUCUCUCCAAGGUCAUCUGGGACAGUCAAACCAUGACUCCUUGCGGAACUGUCGGCUACACUGCUCCCGAGAUUGUCAAGGAUGAGCGUUACUCUAAGAGUGUCGACAUGUGGGCUCUUGGUUGCGUUCUCUACACCCUUCUCUGCGGUUUCCCUCCAUUCUACGACGAGAGCAUUCAAGUCCUGACCGAGAAGGUCGCCAAGGGUCAAUACACCUUCUUGUCUCCUUGGUGGGACGACAUCUCCAAGUCUGCCCAAGAUCUUGUUUCUCACCUCUUGACCGUCGACCCCGACAAGCGUUACGACAUCAACCAGUUCCUCGAUCAUCCCUGGAUCCGUGAAUCUGGCGAGGAGACCAACGCUGCUGCCGAUGCUCCUCCUCUCGCUACUCCCCUCUACCGUGGAGCUCACUCUGCUGGUCUCGACUCUAAGACUCCUCUGCAACCAAACUUCGACCAUCUCCUCGAGACUCCUGGUGCUGGCAAACGCUCCGACUUCCGUUCGCCUGGUGCCGUCAACUUGCGUGAGGUCUUCGAUGUCUCAUACGCCGUCCACCGUCAAGAAGAGGAGGGCAAGCGUCGCAAGAACUUCAAGCAAGGAUAUCGUGGUGCCAACGGCCUCAACUCGCUUAACGCACUUGACGAGGAUGAGGAUGACGACGAAUACGGCCAAUCGCAGGGCUACGACGCCUCAUCAGCAAACCCACCGGCCAAGGUUCCCAAGGCUGGUGCACAAGACGUCGCCGGUGUCGAACGUCAAAUGCGCAACACCUCAUUGUCAACCGCCGCCCAAGCUCGCCAGCGUGAGGCUCCUCGCACACAGCCGCAAGAGAAGGGAUACGGUCAACACAGUGCUGCCGUAGCCGCUGCAGCCAAGCGCCAGGUCAAGAACCGCGGUGCCUUCGAGCUGAGUCUGGACAACGCCACGCUAUUGGGUCGCCGCAAGAAGCCCGAGCCCAGCAAGCUGAGAGAGCAGUCUGUGCAGUAG